AUGUCUUUCCAUCCCCUAGCCACAACCCCCACAGUCCAGGCCAUGAACGACAACCUGUUGAGGAAUCUGUGGCCUCAUCGCGAGAUGGGUAGAAGGAUGAAUGGAGAGGUUGAUCAAGGGGAAGAGACAGAGAGUGCAUAUGAGGAGGAUGGAGAUGUGGAGAUGGAGAUGGAGAUGGAAGAGGAGGUGCAGGAAGAGGCUGUUUCUUCACCACCACCAGAAGUGGAAGUGGAAGUGAAAAUGGAAGUAGAGGUUGCAGCAAAGGAGAAGAAAUCACCUAAAUUGAUCAUCCCGACGAGAAUUUGGAAUGAGACUAAGGUUGGAGGCAAGGUUGGAGGCAAGGUUGAUGUACCAGGCGUACAAGACGUUCAAGAUCCCAAGGCGGAAAGUCCGAAGCGCAAACGCGUUUCUCUUGUCUUACAUCACGACAUUGAGCCAAGUGAAGCCGAGGCGCAAGAGCAGGAGGCAGAAGAGCAAGUAGAAGAAAGAGGCCGCCGAAAGCGGACAAAGACACUGAAAGCCUCUCAAAACGAAGAGAUUUCGCGAGAGAAGACGAGCGGAGCUUCGCGGUCACGUGGACAUGCGGCUUCGGCUUCGACAUCUAGACCCGCUUCCCGCAACGCUGCCGCUAUGGCUCCACGUUCACGUGGAAGCCAAAACGCACCACUAUCCUCCUCCGCCCUCGCGCUAGAAACCGCCGCCCGCAGCCUCGCCCUCCGCGCUUCCGCCUCCUCCUCAUCCCCACCCACCGUCCCCACCCCACCCCUCACACCAACCACGCCACCACCCAACGAAGGACCCCGCGCAGCAUGGCACCGCCUCUUCCCGCACCUGCCCCCACUCUCAGACUACUACCACAUCGGCGAAUGGCGCGAAUUGAUGGUUUGGAAAGAGGCGAAAGGAUGGAUUAAACGGGCCGCAGAUGACCCAUGGGAGAAGCCGGUGUUUAGGAAGCCGGGAUGGAAUAAGAGGGAUGAGGAACAAGAGAGAUUGUGGCAGGAGUGUGAGAGGAGGAUGGUGAGGGAGAGGGGGUGGACGUAUGAGGGGAGGGAGAGGGGGGAUGUGGAUAUGGUUAGGGCGGCUGAGAGGGCGUACUAUUGA